GCUGCGCCAUCUGUGAUGGGACAAUUUCCGUGGGCAAAGUGAGCGACAGUGAUUGUUUUGUCAGCGCGAUGAAAACUCGCAAUGAAAACUCGCGAUAAAUUGCUGAUUGAAUUAAUUCUGCUAUUCUGUGCAUACAAUCUCGAAGCCAACGAAGAAACCCUCCUCAAAGACUUCCUCAUCUGUCGGGCGUGUGGCAGCGACGUGGCCCUGAGCAACUUCCUGCUGUACAAAGUCAGCCCGCACGCCAAGUACGUCGCCAACGAGACGCUGUUCGAGGAUCAGCCGACGCUGGUGCAGGAGCUAGAGAAUCCCAUCGGCAUUCGGUACCGGAUCGUGCUGCUGCGCCACGCCAACUGUGCCCAAAUCGACAGUGUACAGAUCAAUGAGAUUUCAGAGACUGUAGAGUGGAACAACUACUACUCCUGGUUUCCCGGCUACUCGUGGAAGCUCUGCCUGUGCAGCAAGUGCGGCACCCUCUUGGGGUGGAUGUACGAGCCCAUUGACACUGCCCUCGAGACUCAAUCGGAGCCCACGAAGGACGGUUUCUACGCAAUCAUCCUGCCGAACGUGAUUUCUGAAUCUUUUGUGAAUUCCCUGUUGAUGCGCGAGAAGAUCUUGCGGGAAAACUGAGCAGAAUGGUUGACCCUCAUAGGCACAUCCGGAACCUCACGGAGGACCAGAAGCGCUUCCUGGACGAGUGCGAGAAGGAGUUCGCACAGCGCUUCACGGAGAAGG